AAACCUUACUUUUUAUCUUGCUUUUUUCAUUGUUAUCCAACUUCACCAAAAGAUAGAAAAAGAACUUGGUAAUCUGUUUAACAUCUCUCAUUUUUGUGACCAUCGAAUCCAAAACUUUGAAUAUGACUAAAAUUAGAAUUGAGGUUUGCAUUAUAUCUGCACGUGGCCUUGGUGGCUCCACUUCUCUCCUGAAGCCCCAGUGGUUAGCUGUGGGAUGGAUUGAUCCAAAUAGCAAAUAUUGCACGAAGAUCUACAGCUCUGGCAACCCAAACCCAACUUGGAAAACCAAGUUUUUAUUUGAUGUCGAUGACAGAAGCUCUAAUAUGCAAGAUUUAUCCCUGACUAUAGAGAUUCACAAGAGGGAACCUAUAUUCCUCAGAGAUAAGCUUCAUGGAAUUGCAAAUAUUAUGCUCAAAGAAUUUUUGGUCAAGUUCUUGAAAGAUACAGAUACAUUCAGGAGUGGACUUGAAGAGGUUGGGAGCUUUCAGCUGAGGAAGCAAAAUUCUGGGAGGCCUCAGGGGUUUGUUGACAUCUCUGUUCGCAUAUCUGAGGAAAGAGACGGUGUUUCUUCCCACUCAGGAAGAAACGGAUUCCAUUCCACGGAUCAAAGGACUAAAAUAGCACUAGCAAUUGAAGACAGUCUGGUUCUAUCUUACCCAACCCAAUCUCAGCCCUAAUCUUCGCCACCUUCGCCGCCUCCUCCAUUUGGGUUUUUGCUUACAUUGUUCUCUGAACUGAUAAGCCGGCCGCUUGAAAGUGAUGUGAACUUGCCAGCCUAAGACCAUCUCCAACGGAAAAUUGCAUUUUUCACUCCAAAAUGCCAUGAAACCUAAAAUAUGCAGCGAUUCAUCUCCAAUCGAACUCCAUUUUGCGAAGGUAACGACUUUUUUUUUUUUUUUCGCGCUGUUUCUUGGCAAGUUUGGUAGACGCAGAAAAAUAACGAUGAUGAACAGCGCAACGCCAAUAUUGGCGUCCCACUGUUCACCCGCAAGGAAAUAGCGGAAAUUUUACCGUUCAGCUGGAACUCCGGGGCGACGGCAUUCAAGGGUCUGGAGUUCCGUUGGAGAUGCUCUAAGGGAAUGUUGGACCAAGCAGUGGAUUUGAAAAUGGGUGGAGCUCGGGUUUUCCAGCAGGUUAGGAUUGUGUUAGUCUCAGUAUGUGCUAAUGCACCUUUUCAAGACUAUAGCAACAGAAUAUGAAAUAUUGAUAUGAAAAUGAGGAAAUGAGAAAUAGGGAAAAAUUGUAUAAGGAUAUUUUGAUAGAAUUUAUAUUAAUAUCAAUUUAAAAUUAUUAGAUUUAUUUUAAAA